CAGCCGCCGCGUGGCAGCGGCGCGCCGUGCCGCCGCGUCCGGACACUCAGUACAGCGGCGGAACCCAGCUGAUCCCGCGCGACUCAACACACGGAGCAGCCUCAGCAUGGGCGAGGACAAGGCGGCCACUCCGCUGCUGCCGCUGGCCGUACGGCAGGGUAUCAGCCACGCGGUGUCGGCCUCUCAGCGCCGCUCGCUGGUCAGCCGGCUGGUGCUGGUCGUCGUGGUCACUGCCGUACUCUACUGCCUGCUGGUCGUGUCCAGCUCGUCCCUGCCGGCUCGGCAGCAGGUCCUUAAUGCCAACAUUUACGUCGAUCAGCACACGGACGCAACGGCGCCGCCGCCGCCGGCACCGACGCGCGUGCAGACGACCACCACUGAGGCGCCCUUCCACGCGGCGACGACCAUGAAAGCGGAGACGGGGCCGCACCAGCUGCACUUCCGGCAGCCGCCCAAGAGCGUGGUGGUGGUGCGCCGAGGCGGCGACGUCCAGCUCGACUGCAGAGUCGAGUCCAAACCACACGCCAUCGUGACCUGGUACAAGGACGGCGAUAACUUCCUCACAAUGGGAGGCAGGACGUACGUCGACGACAGCCGAAUCAGCGCUCACGUAGGAGAGAAGGGUCUGAACUGGGCCCUCCGGAUCCGUGAUGUGAAGAUGACCGACGCCGCGUCAUACACCUGCCACAUGGCGCUGGCCUCGGACGGUAUCGUUAACGUCGAGCUGGACGUAAUCCCUGCGAUUGGAGACGAAGAGCUGCCGGCGCCGAGAAUGACCAGCAAGCUGGGAGACAUCCUCGUUCCUGGCUUCGAGACCACUCCGGACGUAUGCCCGGAAGAGGGCACCAACAGGGAGCUGCUGAUCGGGCUGGUCUCGCACCCGCAGUACGUCACCUCGCGGGACAGGGUGCGCAACACCUGGCUCCAGCUGCUCGACAAGAGGACAUGGGCCGCCGUGUUCGUCAUGGGCAGCAUCAGUCCCGCCAUCAUGGAGGGGAACAAAGACGAGGCCAAGAAACACGGCGACGUCGUGAUCGGCAAGUUCCGCGACGUCAGUGCCGAGCCGUACACGGAGGGCGUGAAGCGUCUGGCGCUUCUCAACUGGGUGAUCGAGCACUGCCGGUUCGCCAACUUUACACUGGUCGCCACGCACAACGAGUUCGUGAACCCGACACUGCUGAAGACGCUCAUCAAGGACCUGAACCCGGACGAGCCGGCCAUCUACGGCAUCACGGGCGGCAACCGGACGGUGGCGCGCGACCCCAACGACCCGUCCUACCUGUCGUACGCGUCCUACCAGCGCAGCCAACUGCCCGAGUACGCCUCCGAGCCGACCUUCCUGGUGUCCCGCGCCGCAGUGGGGAUGCUGACAGAGGCGGCGGCCACCAUCAACGCCAUCCCGCUCUACCACAUCCUGCUUACAGGAAUCGCAGCCGAAAAGGCCGGCGUCAAACGGGUUCACAUGCCGCAGCUCUUCAAGGCGAGUCAGAGUAUCGAAGCGUGUGACUUUGAGAAAUUCGCUGUCGGUCACUCGUGGGGUGAGCCCCUCGAUAAAAAGGUGGCCAAGAAGAUUGAAUCCGGAAAAGGUUGUUAGUGAUGACUGAUCAGGGCAAUGCCGAGGUCUGCGAUCGAGAGAGUAAUUUGUUAAGUGUUACGAUCUUCAUUCUGCUAAGUUA